AUGUUCAAAGCCCUGAUGGGCGGGGGCCGCUCGUCGUCCUCAUCCGACGUUCGUAGCAGCUCCAAGAGCAGCCGGCGCAAGUCCGAAAAAACCGACAAGUUUGACACAAGAUCAAUCUCAAGUCGCAAGUCCUCACGGGGUGACGACCGUGACCGCGGCCUGGGUGAUUUGUCGUCGUACUCGCCUUCGGCUUCCCGCAGUAAGCGUGGCCCACCUAGCAUUGCCGGCGAAUCCAUCGCAUCAACCUAUGUGACCGCCGAGCCAGAAGCCAUUGAUGACUCCGAUCGCUAUUAUAUUGAACGCACACCAAAGCGCAGAGACAGUGAGCGGGAAAGCAAGAGUUCUCGUCGGCGCGACCUGGACCGAUCUGAAAGCCCAGAGCGCGAGAAGAGAAGGAGCCGCCGAGGAACACAAGAUACCCUGGAUGAUGACUUGGAUCAGGAGCGCGACCGUCGCGACCGUCGCCGCACACACUCAGGGGAUCCGUAUAUGCCACCAAUAUCCACAAAUAUGCCACCUAGCGCCCCCGGCGCGCAGUUUGCCGCCGAGAUUGGCGCCCCGGGAUUCUCGCAAUUUCCCAUGCAACAUGACACUGGGAUGCCAUCUGCUGACCAUACGCCACCGCAUGAAAUUCCAUAUGACCCGCACGUACAGCAGCAAUUUCCCGGCCAGUUCCCAGAGGAAGUUGCUGCACCAUAUCGGCCGCCUAACCCUGCCGGCGCUGCGGCGGACUACUAUGGUGACCAAGGCCAGUCUGUUGAACACCAGCCCGGUAUUCGACCGGCUCCCCCAAGUGUGCUUCCGAAUACCCAGGCACACUUGAUGGCAGCAUCUCCAUCGGCUAACCCACCUCCAGAGCCCAGUAGCCUGGGCGAAACUGGUGCGGCGGCGGCCUAUUUCGACGAUGAUUUCCACGCUCCGGUACAGCAAAGCCAGCCGCCGGCAGUCUCUUCAUCUAGACCCCCGAAGCCGUCGAAGCCUGCGAAGCCUUCUUCAUCGGGCAUUCUUCCUGCUGCCGCUGUUGGAGCUGCCGCCUAUGGCAUUGGUGAUAUGAUGUCUCACUCGGAGUCGCAUUCCCCUCCACAGCACACUACUUCUUACACACAUCAGGGUCAGUCAGUGGUACAGGGCCAGGCAAUGACACACAACCAGGCAAUGGAAUACAAUCAGGCGAUGGCAAGCAGCAGCCAAAUGCCUCCCUCCAAGCCAUCCCAUUCUCAUAGCUUCAGCGAAGGUGUCGGUAUUGCGGCUGCAGGUGCUGCAACAGGGUACAUGGUGGGUCAUCACCAUCAUUCCUCUAGCCCCGAGCACGCGCCACAAUACGCUUUCCAGCACCACGAGCAAGCUUCCCAAGCUGGUGGGAUGCUACCAUAUGCCCCUGGCCACAAUAAUGCUUUGUAUACUGCAGGCGCGGGUGGAUACGCUGCUCAAGCUGCCUACAACCCGGGUUUCUAUCCCCAUGGACCCAGCGCUCUAGCAUUCCAAGAGCGUCAGCGUGGCCCCAUGGGAAGAUUCGUUGAUUUCUGGCGUGACCCCGAGGCCGUUGGAAGAUUUGAGGACUACACGGAAACCAUCGGUGUGUGCAAGUACUGUUUCCAACCUGGCACAAGCUCCGUCGAUGCCCCUCGCAAGCACCAUUAUCACAGACGCCGCAGAAACUCCCCCGAUCGGCGGAGCAGUGGUAGCUCCAGAGUCAGCAAAAACAGCCGAUACAACUCCUCCGAUGAUGAGGGCCGCCGACGGUUGAAGUCCAAGAAAUCUUCCUCGUGGCUGCCGGGCAUGCUAGCCGGUUAUGCGACAAAGUCGCUCUUCUCGAGCAAGGAGUUCGACGAUUCUUACAGCAUUCGCUCCGGCCGAGUGGCUUCCUCCCAUGGCGGAGAGGAUGACCGAAGGAGCCAUACCUCUCGUGGUGUGACCCGUCGUUCUGGCCGUAGUCCUCAAAGAGAGCAUUAUGCAGACUCCAAGCAUGCAUCUCAAUCUGGACAUUCUCGGCACACACGGUCCCGAUCGCGGUCUUCCUCUCGUUCUGGCCGGCAUUCGUAUUUGAAGGAGGCUGCACUCGGGGCCGCAGUGGGUGGGGCUGCGCUCGCUGUUGCAAAGUCGCGUAACCGCUCUCGCAGUCGUUCUCCUGAAAGACGACACCGCCGAAAGGAUUCGUCAUCAUCAUCGUCCUUUGUCAAUCUUCCCCGGCCCGCCAAGAAGUCCAUUGCUGGAGGUAUCGGCUCUUUCUUCACUGCUUCUUCCGAGAACAAGAAGAAACGUCACACCAAGAAGCGGAGCGGUUUCUUCUCUUUCAAAAGUGGGUCUUCAUCCUCCUCAUUGGACAAUGAUCUAGCCUUUGGAGAUGGGUUCUCGAAGAAGUCCUCCAAGUUUAAGAAGAAGGGCAGAAAGGGUAAAGAUGUCGACGCCGCUUUGGUAGAGCUUAGUGACACGGCAACCCGUUUGGCUGGCUCCUCACCCCACGGUCCCGGGCGUAGCGCAGGCCAGAUGUAUACACCUCGAUCUCGACAGUCCAACUACGCCCACUCUACCACACAGGAUGAAGAAUGGGUCGAUGCUGAGUCGGAGGACCAGUCUUCUACAAGUGUUAGCUCUGCGCUUGCGUUCGGAGGAAGCAGCGCUGACUCUUCCUCCGACUCCGCUAGCAGCAAAUGGGGCUGGAGAUGGGGAAGCAAGAAGGACAAGAAGAAGAAAGACAAGCGGUCGAGUGCUUCAAAUGCUGUUAUGUUAGCUGGCGCCGGCGCUAUUGGAGCGGCAGCAAUUUCUUCUACUCGUCACCAUGAUAGCAGCCCCCCAAGUAGGUCUGGAAGCCUGCAACAAGUUUACCCAAUGCCUACUUCCGACCCCUCUCGCUUUGAUGUUGCAAAGAUGUCCCCAUCUGUAUCUGCCGGGGAACCUGCCCUCAUCCGCCCGGGACCCAUCCCCCUUCAGCAGCCUCAGCCUUUCACCCCAGUCUCCCAAUCAGUGUACACUACCCAGGGAGCCGUUCCGGGAUCAAUCCCCGUGUACAGCGCCCCAGCGGUCCCACCCAUCUUCGCCAAUGGGGCCGAACACUACAACUGGCAGGUCCAAGCCCCUCGUGAUGCAGCAUGGGCACCAGAAGAAUCAUCAUACGCCGACCGCAGGAAACCUCAUCGACGCAGUGAUUCCUCACCUGUUUUCUCUACCCAGGAAACUGCUUCCAGUCUUAAGCGCCGGUUCACCGCUAAGGAUCAAGCCUCCGUGCAAUUCAACUUGACGGAAGAGCAGGCAGAGAGGGAACGCCGCCUUAUUCGUCGCGACAAGAACUAUCGGGAUGAAUUUGCUGAUCAACCUGUUCAACUGAUUGAUCGAGAGGAAGAGCUGGCCCGCCUGGAAACCGAGCGUCAAGAGCGUCGCCGAAAGGAGCGAGAUGAUGAGGAGCGCCGGUACGCCGGAGACAGAGAAAAGGACUCCUCAUCCUGGGUUGGUGUAGCAGCUGCCGGAGCUGUUGGCGCUGUCGCUGCUAGCACUAUUCUCUCUCGCAAGACAGACUCGGACGAAGCAUCCGAAGCCAGCCAGCGAUACAAUGAGCGCCGAGAGAGACGCCGCGCUGAGCGGAAACACGAUACUGAUACAGUGGCGGCGUCUUCGAUCGUGUCGCGGUUCGAGCCCGCCCAGCCCAUUAAUGAAGAGGUGACCACGGUGGAACACCGCGAAGACCAGAAGAAAGGAUCUCCUCGAUCUCCCCGUCCAGCACAGGUUUACGACGAUUAUGCAGAAUUUUAUGCCCCUGAGGAGUUACGACACAGCCCAGAUGAUCACGCUCGCAGCCGCGAGUCCACUAAUAUGCCAACCAUUGUGGAGAUAGAGCCCGCUAGCGAGCGACGUACACAUGAUGAGCCUGCACCUACAGAGGUAGACUACUCAUACGAACCCUAUCAACACGUGGACCGCCUCCCAUGGCCAGUCCCCGGGCUCAACUUAAUUGAGCCAACGCCUCCCCAGAGCGUGAACGGUGGUUCUGUUCGCGAUGUUACCUCCCCAAUCCCCCCUGUAAAUAAAUCUCAUGAUACCAAGCCUCGCGAACGAUCAACCGGCUCCCGGGUCUCCUGGGGCGAACAUGAAACUCACGAAUACGACAUCCCCUCUUCUUCCGAACAGGAUCCUCUUGAGCAUGACAUUUCUCCUACUGAAAUUUCAGCCAAGGAUGUUCCUCUACCGGCAUCCGAGAUAUCCCAACCCAAGGAUAUUCCUAGCACAUCGCAGUACGGCGCUGAUAUUGAAUUUGCUGCUACAAUUGCUGCUGCAACUGCCGCAGCUGGGUUUGAUCCCGCCCUGAUCACAGACGACCCAUCCUACCACACACGCACUUCCCCUCCUGGAUCAGAGGAUGAACACACAUUUACCUCACCCUGGUCUGCAUCGGCUCGAAAGGAGCCUCACGGCUUCGUCGAGGGAGAGAUCGAAGAGAUUGAUCCCAAGUCUACCAUUGAUAUGACCUACGCUCCUGAGCACGUGGUUCAGGACAAGGAUGAGCUUUUCUUCGAAGAGCCAGAAUCCUUCUCAGGAGAUCGGGAUAUUUCUUCGGGACGCCGUGACAAGGCCUCAAUUGCCCAGGAGGUGAUCGAGCAGCUGAAUGGCAAAUAUGGCAAGCGAGAUCGUACCGCUUCGCCAGAAAAAGAUGUCGAUGCCUUCUCGAUGCCUGGUGGCUUUGAUACAGCUGACUCUAGAGACUUGGCUGACGCCAGAUCCGUGGUCUCAGCGCCGGCGCCUGUUGCCAUGGACUCAGAGUCCCAGACCAAGUCCGAGUCUAAGAAGUCGAGGCGGAGUGGUGAUGUCUUCGAUCUCCCCGAGUUCCAAGAGCGGGAACUCGCCGAGCCUCCUGUUUUGAAGGAUGAGACACCAGAGUCUCGCAAGUCCCGGCGCAGCGGCGACGACUUCGAGAUUUACGAGUCGCGGGAGGCAUCUCCAUCUCCGGAUGACUCUUAUUCCAUUGUCUCUGCUCCCGUGUCGAAGGAGGAAACAUCCAAGUCCAAGUCUAGGAAGUCCAGGAGGAGUGGUGAUGACUUAGGAAUUGUUGAAUACCCGGAGUCAGUGGUUCCUGAGUCUCGUGAUGAUUCUUUCUCUGUUAUCUCAGCCCCUGUUUCUAAGGACGAGACAUCUAAGUCCAAGUCCCGCAAGUCUCGACGGAGCGGUGAUGACUUCGAGAUCUACGAGUCACGUGAACCAUCUGAAUCUCGGGAUGACACCCACUCGGUUACCUCUACUCCUGCCGGCAAAGAGUAUGAGUCAUCGAAGACAGGGCAAUCGAGACGCAGUGAGGAUGAGUAUGAUCUCCCCAGAUCACGAGAGGUCUCCGGGUCUUAUGACGACACCCGGUCUGUCUUCUCUGCACCUGUCUCAAAAGAUGAGACUAACAAAUCUCGCCGUUCUCGACUCAGCGGCGAUGACUUUGAUAUUUCCCGAUCGCGGGAUGUGUCUGAGUCUCGUGACGAGUCUCGCUCUGUCGUAUCUGAAUCAGCUAAGUCUAGGAAAUCUCGUCGUAGCGGUGAUGAUUUCGAUCCACAUCGUGAUGCUGAAGUCGCUCCCGAGGACGCGGAAGGUGGCGAGGAGAAGAAGAGACGUCGCAAGCGUCGAUCCAAGCAUGAAGGUGACACCUUCUCUGUUGAUGACGAUGCUCGCUCCGCCAUUACGGACAUUGGAGACGACAAGUCUGAGCGCCGCAAGCAUCGUCACCGCUCAUCUCGGGAAGCCGGCUUUGAUGACAAUGCUUCUAUAACCUCUUCUCCAGCUCGGAUUGACGAAUCCCGUGAGAGGCGCAAAGGCAAGGACGAGAAAGAAAAAAGCGGUGGCUUUUUGAGAAGUAUUUUCGGCUCACAAGUCUCGGCCCCAGCUGAGCGUGUUCGGUCUGACCAUUCUCGCUCUUCUUCGUUGGAUAAGCGCGCAUCCCGCGAAGCCAUAUCUGAAGUUGGUGUAGAUGAUGAACGCCGUCGUCAUAAGAAGCGUUCUUCCAAGCACCGCAGCUCCAGCAAUGGGGAUGAGCUUGAUCGUUACAUGUCGGACAAGGAGAAGGGUACUCAGGAUGACACAAAUCUGGAGGAGUACAGGUCCAGUAGACAGCAGAAGGAAGAGCGGCGUCGUCAUCGGUACGAGGAAAUCGUGGAGUCAGGAAGGAAACGGGAAUCUGAGAAGGACGGAUAUAGUGACAACUUCGACGAUCAAUCUUUUUUAAGGAAGCACCCUGAAAUUCUAGCCCCUGAGCGCGAGGAUUAUGGUGCUUCGUGGCUUCCAGCAGCAGCGGCUAGCGCAGCAGUUGUCGCUGCAGCAUCAGGACUCAAUGAGAUCCCGCAGCAGAGGGCCCGAAGCCACUCCACCUCUCCCCCAGCCACAGAGAAGACACUCGACCUGACCCCGAAGUCUCUGAGCCGCCCCGCUUCACCUGAAACAAGCCACCCCCAGGGGUCCCGAUCCCCCAAGCAACGCCGACACUCCGUGGCCAAGUCCACCAACGAAUCACCCACAGCCGUGCCUCUCCACUUCCGCCGGCCCCCAACUUCCCCGGGCCUCUCCCGCGCAGUCCCCGUUGAACCACCCGCCCCCAUCGCCUCCCCAGGGUCCCCUAGCCAGCAACGCACCCGUCGGCCAGGGUCAGUCGAGUUCCGAAACUCGCGCGAGAUCCGCCCUUUAUGGCUGGUCGAGCGCCACAGUCUGAUCAAGGGCGAGCCCGAGAGCGUGGAGCCCUUGCCGUCGCUCCCAUCCAGCAAGACCUCCUCCCGCGCCCCGUCAAUGGACAACCAAAAGUCCAUCCACGAUGACGAAGGCCUCAAGAGCUGGGAGCAUGUAGACCUGAGCGACUCAAUCAUGGAAAUCCAGCGGCCGACUGGUUUGACUAUUUCAACUGACCAAGCGAAUGAAAGCCAUGAUAGAGACCUUGACCUCCUCGGCUCGCAGCUGGCCACGCCUACCGCUGAACACUUCCAGGAUUCAGAGUCCAGGAAGGAAAAGCGCAUAUACGAAUUCCAUUCUCCCUCUGAGCUCCUGCAGGACCCCGCUGUUCUGGACGAGUUGCCUCCCUCACCCACGCUGGAUGCCUUGCCUUCUGCAGAGGGCUCCAUGGUUGGCGUUGGCUCUAGGGAGCAAGAGACGCAGCGUGCGCUUGACGCCCUCGAAGGUGUCUCCCGCCCUCAGCCUGAGUCGGCAACCCCCACCCAAGAGAAGGAGUCUUUCAUGGACUUUGCCGAGGGCGCCGGCUUAGCCGGUGUUGUCGAUGCGGCUGCUAUUGCCGCUGUCAAGGAGCAUGAUCAGUCUCGCUCCUUGCCUGCAGAUGAACCCGAAAAGGCUCAUGGCUUCAGUGAUAUUGUUGAUGCGGCGGUUGGCGCUGACGGUCCCUCUCACGACCAUGACAAGGCACCUGUUGAUGAAGAGCCGCCUAGUGAGCCCGUUACUGCCAUCGAAGAUAAUUUCCCCGCUAUGCCUGAGCCUGUGCACUCAGAGAUGGAGACGGUCAAGGAAUUUGUUCCCGAGUCGACUGAACAGCCUGUUGAGUCUCCUGAUCCUCAACCUCUGCCCGACGCGCCUAUGGUUGAAGCUGUCUCUGCUGAGCCUGAGGUCGCUAUCCCUGAACAAUCUGAGCCUCAGCCCGUUGAGACAUCUCGCGAGCUUGGACCUGAGCUUGGGCUUGAUGAGCCCGGGCUCGAAUCUGCACCUAUCGAAAGCACGCAUGUCGAGCCCGAGGUUGUUGUUCCUGAGCGAUCUGAGGCUGAGCCUAUCGAGGUCUCUCGUGAGCUUAACAUCGAGCCUUUGGUUGCAGCAACUCAAGAAACAGAAGUAGUCACAACUCCUGAAUUUGAGCCUGCUGAGGUGGCGCCUAACGAAACUGAACAGACUGAGGACACUGCAUCAUCAACUAAAAAGGCUAAGCGCAACAAGAAGAAGCAGAAGAAGAAGUCUAAAAAUACAUCUACUUCUGAAGAGCCUGAGGAUGAUACGUCUGCCUCCAAGGAGAUUGAGGACCAGGAAGAAGACAAAGCACAUGCGCCUGUCGAAGAGACUGUGGCUGCGCCCUUGUCCGCAGAUAUUGCUACUUCUAUUGAAUCCCCCGAGAAUACCGUUGACCAGACUGCGAUCCCAUCUGCUGCCACUGAUGAAGAGCAAGCUCAAAGCCAACAGGAAUCCCGAGAGCUGGUUGAGCCUGUAGAACAGGUAUCUACGGAGGAAUCCGUUCUACCUGUUUCCGAAGAUCCUAGUCUGCCAGUUGAGGAACAGCAGACCCCCGAGCCUGAUUUCACUGAUGCCAAUGAAACCCAAAUUACCGGUGCCACUCAACCAGAUGCGGAGGAGGUAUCCCGCAGCUUGGAAGAUAUUGAGAAGCCAACUGAAGAUUCUACUCCAGAGGCCCCUCUCGAUGACACCACGCCUGAAAUUACUGAAACACCCAAAGAAGAUACCGAAGGGGAAGACAACUUCCAAGAGGCUGUCGAAGAACAUAUUCCACAGCCCGCCGAAGAAAAGGAGCCCGCACCAGAGCCUCCUAUCGAAGUGGCUGCCGAUGUUGCCGAUACCGCCGCAGAGGCUUCGGAAACUAAGGCGGAGAAGCGGAAAAACAAGAAAAAGAAGAAUCGCAAAUCCGCUGCUGUGGAAGAGAAUCAGGUUUCCGCUGAAACGCCCGCCUCCGAGACUGAAUUGCAGCCAGAAAGCCAAGAUCUCGAACUUGAGCAAUCAGUUGUUGUCCAACCUGUGGAUACCCAAUCCCCUCCAAUUGGCGGUGAAGCCUUACCUUCUGAUCCUGAACAUCUUGAACAUCCUACCAACGAUGUUGAGCAACCCAUCGAAACCACCAUUGAGGAGCCUGCAGCUACCCAAGAGCAGGAGCAAGUUCCAUUGGAGGCUGCUGUGGAUGCAACACAUGUCGUGACUGAGCCAGUGGAUCCCGUGGGGCCAUCUGAUGAACUGUCACAGCCCGCUGUCAUCGAUGUCGAGCCCAAUGCUGAACUCCCUGGUCCUGCCGAGGAGGCUUCACGCGAAAUCUCAGAGCCUGCUGCUGUUGAAACUAAACCCGAAGUUGAAGUUCAAGCUGAACCUCAACUUGAAGUCGAAGCUGAGCCUGAAGUCGCCUUGACUGCGGCCCAGAAGAAGAAGGCCAAAAAGAAUAAGAAGAAGGGCAAGCAGAGUGAAUCUUCCAUUCCUGACGACGAGAAGCCUGCUGAGUCUAUCUCGCCGGCACCUGAAAUUGAGAUUGCCGCCGAGGAUAUGGCCAAGGAAGCCCCCCUUAUCACUGAAGACGCACCGGUGGAUGCGCCUACUCAGGAACGCGAGAUGGAGCUGCCUGUCGAGGUUGAACAAUCGCUUGAGCCAGAGGACCUUCCCGAGCCCGAGGAAAUUUCUGAGGCUAUGCCGCCCCAGGCAGAAGCUUCCCCUGAUUCUCUUCCAGAGCCAACGAUAGAGGUAACAGAGGCAGAGACACUCAAAGAAGAGCCUACCGCACCAGAGGAACAGCCCAAAGCCGAAGAAUCUCAUGCCGAGCCCGAGGUCCCUAUGACCGCCGCGGAGAGGAAGAAGGCCAAGAAGGCAAAAAAGAAGCAGCAAAAGGAGCAGGAAGAGGGUGCUGUCGCUGCUGUCGAAGAUAUCAAGUCUGUUGAGGCUGAGCCUGCGCCUGAGGCUGAAUCCGCUGAGCGAAGCAAGGAUAUCACCCCUGUCGCGGAAACUGAUGAUGUUACUCCGGCGGAGUUAUCUGCGCUGGUGUCUUCCGAGGCUACCCAGACUGAGCAAGAUGUUGCGCCCACAUUUACAGACGAGCCCGAGGCGGCUCCCGUUGCUGAGGAUACUCUUCUGCCAACUGUCACCGAGACUAUCGAGACAGUGAAAGAAAUUGAGUCUCCGGUAGAAGACGUUGGCUCAUCUUCUCAGAUUGAGUCUACCGAAGUUAUCGCCGACGUUCCACUUGUAUCGCAAGAAGUCACCACUCCUGCCGAUGUUCUCCAAGGCCUUGACCAGCAGGACGUUAUUGCCAAGGCAGAGGAGCCGAAGAGCGAGAAUGUGACCCCAGCGCCCACCGAAGGACCCUCGGUUGAUGCUGUAGAGACCGAUGCGCCCAAAACAGAAGAACAAUCUCCCGAACCCGAGGUUCCCAUGACCGCCGCCGAGAGAAAGAAGGCCAAGAAAAACAAGAAGAAGCAGCAGAAGCAGGAGUCUGUGCAACUUGAUGAGCAGCCCACGCUUGAGGCUGAGCCUAAUUCUACCGAGGAAAAGAGUGUCGAACACUCUGGUGACAUUUUGCCUGAGAGUGACGCCACACCUACCACCGAAGCUGUUUCGGGUGUUGAUGAGCCCACAGAACCCGAAGUGGCCCGUGAUCUUGAAGCCGAGGCCAAGCCCGAGGAGGAGCAAACUCAGGAAGUGCCAAUUGUCGGGUCCGAACUUACUCCCGAGGCACCCGCAGAUGAGGCUAUUCCUACCCCGGAGGUUGCUGAACAAGCUAUUGAUAUUCAAGAUGGGGACAAAGAAACUACCCCAGAGCCGCCAGUCGAGGUUCCUGCCUCCACGGAAGACCUCCAGGAAGAACAAAAGCUUGAUCCAACCGUCAAAGAGGAGCCUGCUUUAGACAAGUCCAUCGAUGACAACCCUACAGAGUCUACAGCAGAGCCAGUUGUGGCGGUGACUCAGCCCACGGAAUCCACAGAAAGUCCAGUGGCGGAGCAGGCUGAAGAUGAACAAGCGGCAACUUCUUCUAAGUCGAAAAAGAAGAAGAAUAAGAAGAAGCGCCAAUCAGUUGCCGCUGAAGAGGAGCAGCCUGCACCUGCUGAGGAGGAGCCCAAGGCCGUCCCCGCCGAAGAAGAGGUUAAGCUUGCGCCCGCCGAAGAAGAACCUACCUCUAUGCCCACUGAAGGUGAAUCCACUGAACCUACGCCAUCUCAAGAUCUUGAACAGCCUUCAGUCGAUAAAGAUGUGGAGACUGUUGCUGUUACCGAAGAGCCCUCUCCGCAAGAGACCACGCAGUCAGAGACCCCUGCUGAUGCAGCCGCUAUCGAGGCCGCUGAAGAGGAAUCAAUGACUCCUGCUCAGAAGCGGAAGGCUAAGAAAGACAAGAAAAAGCGUCAAUCAGUUGCUGCUGAAGUGGAGCAGCCUAUACCCGCCGAGGAAGAGGUUAAGAUCACAACCCCCGAAGAGGAGCCUACAUCUGUGCCAGCUGAGAAUGAGUCCACCGAACCAGCGCCAUCUCAAGAGCUUGAGCAAACUGCUUCUGAUAAAGACGUGGAGGCUCCUGUUGUAAUGGAAGAGGCGCCGAAGGCCGAAGAGCCCACACAGCUGGAGGCACCUACCAAUGCAGACACUACCGAGACCGCUGAAGAGGCAUCGAUGACCCCUGCUCAGAAGCGGAAGGCUAAGAAAGACAAGAAAAAGCGCCAAUCAGUUGCCGCUGAACAGGAACAGCCUACAGCCGCCGACGAAGAGGUCAAGCUUUCACCUGCCGAAGAGGAACCUGCAUCUGUGCCUGCUGAGCCUGAACCUACCGAAUCCACCGAAGCCGUGCCAUCUCAAGAGCUUGACCAGCCUUCUCCCGAUGAAGUCACGGAUACUCCCAUUGUGACGGAUGAGGCACCCAAGGCUGAAGAGCCCUCCCCGGAAGAGACCCCUGCCGAUGCAGCCGCCAUUGAGGCCGCUGAAGAGGCAUCAAUGACUCCUGCUCAGAAGCGGAAGGCCAAGAAAGAUAAGAAAAAGCGUCAAUCGGUGAUUGCCGAAGAGGAGCAGUCUAUGCCUGUCGAGGAGUCCAAGCCUGAACCAGCUGAGGAAGUCGUCAUAUCCGCACCAAUAGACGAGGAGCCUACGCCGGAAUCCGUUCGGGAAGAGCCCGUUGAGCCAAUCCAGACUCAGGAAAGCGAACAGCCUAUAGUCGGCGAAGAUGCGGCGACUUCUAUUCCGAUAGAAGAAGAGGCGCCUAAGACUGAAGAACACGCUGCCGAAGAGAUCAAGCAGCAGGAUGCCGCUGUCGAUACAGCCGCUGCUGAGGCCGCUGAAGAGGCAUCAAUGACUCCUGCUCAGAAGCGGAAGGCCAAGAAAGACAAGAAAAAGCGUCAAUCAGUGAUUGCCGAAGAGGAAGAGUCUAUGCCUAUCGAGGAGUCUAAGCCUAAACCAGCUGAGGAAGUCAUCAUACCCGCACCAAUAGACGAGGAGCCUACUCCGGAAUCCGUUCGGGAAGAGCCCGUUGAGCCAAUCCAGACUCAGGAAAGCGAACAGCUCAAAGUCGACGAAGAUGCGGCGACUUCUGUUCCGAUAGAUGAAGAGGCGCCUAAGGCUGAAGAGCCCUCUCCAGAAGAGACCACACAGCCAGAGGCUCCUACCGAUGCAGCCGCCAUCGAGGCCGCUGAAGAGGCAUCAAUGACUCCUGCUCAGAAGCGGAAAGCCAAGAAAGAGAAGAAAAAGCGUCAAUCAGUGAUUGCUGAAGAAGAACAGUCUACGUCUGUUGAGGAGCCCAAGCCCGAAUCCCCUCAGGAAGAGCCCAUAGAGCCUGAGUCGACUCGGGAAAUCGAACAGCCCACUAUCGACCAAGAUGCCCAGGCUCCUAUCAUAACAGAAGAAGAAGCGCCCAAGGCCGAAGAACCCUCUUUCGAAGAGGUCACGCAGCAGAAUACCCCUGCUGAUACAGCUGCCACCGAGGCUGCGGAGGAGGAGGCAAUGACUCCCGCCCAGAAAAAGAAGGCCAAGAAAGACAAGAAAAAGCAACGCAAGUCCGUUGCUUUUGACGAUGAGGCAACUCUGACCGAAGAGCUCAAGGCAGAGCAGGAAUUAUCCGCGCCUGAAGACAAGGUCGAAUCUCAGGAUGCUCCGGCUGACUUAAUCAUGUCUGAAGAAUCAGCCAAAGAGUUGCAAGUUACCGAAGAAGUUGCCGAGCCUGCUGCUGAAGGGGAAGCCCCGGAGAAGACAGAAGAACCCGCUUCCUCUGAGCAAAGCAAGGGGAUCACCGAACUUGAGCCAGUCUCAACUGCUGCGCCCGAUACCCCCAUUCCUGUUGAAGUUGAGGAGCCAAUAUCCGCAGCGGAGUUGCCAGAGCAGCCGGAGCAAGAUGCUCAGACCCUCUCGGAACCUCAGUCGCCGAGUGCACAGGAGCCAGAAGUUCCCUUGACUGCAGCACAGAAAAAGAAGGCGAAGAAGAACAAGAAGAAGGGCAAGUCUGUGGACUUGGCCGACAACGCCCCUACUGCCACAGACGCAGCGCAGGAAUCUGAGCCUAUUGUUCAAACUUCCACCGACACUCUCACUGAGACACCGGAGUUGCAAGAUACUCCAGCUUCUGACCCAGCGCCAGCACAACCCGCAGAAGGUCUCGAGCAAGAAAAUACCAUUGAGCCCGAGGCAACCAAGGCCGAGGAACUCGUGACAACAGAAACCGUAUCUGACGAUGUGUCAAAAGAGGAAACUCCUGACGUCAAGGAAACCGACAAUGAACCUCCGGCCACUGAGGCGAUUGUCGAUGCUGAGCCAACUCCACCCCAGGAAGCAGACUCAAUUGCCACUUCUCCCACAGAAACGACGGAAGACGCUGGCAUGUCAGCCAAGGAGCGACGCAAAGCUGCCAAGAAAGCGAAGAAACGCCAGUCAAAGAAUGUCGACGCCGAUAACGACGCCGCAGCAUCCGAUUCGCUUUCUGCCCCGACAACCGAGCCUGCUACACCCGUUGAAGCGGCUAACAGCGUCGAAAAGGUCCUCACCUCUACGGACACAGACGCCCCUGGACUUUCAGCCGUAUCGGCAUCCUCGCCUGCGGAACAUGACGGUAAAGAACAUCAGUCCCACGACAUAGAAACUUACGACGCCACGGCGCAAAAUACGGCCUCGACUGAUACAUACAUGUCUUCGCAGAUAGAGCAGACGCCGAUAGAGAGUCCUUUUUUAGAUUAUCCUCCCCAGCCCGUGCUUGAGCGUUCAGUUGAUUCCGGCGAGUUGGUGGAGGAAAAUGCUCAGCAGGAGGGCGAUGUUGCCCCAACUGUACAGGAGCGAGAGGAGGAGCGGGUUGAGCCUGCACCCCUUGAGGAAAUGAAGAUAGUUGAGAAUGGUGAGAAUGUUGAGGAGAGAUCGUCUGUGCCGGAAGCAGGUGAUCUCUCCGCGGAGAAGGGGGUUGAGGAGAAAGAUGUUGAAGAGACGCCUGUGGAUGUCCCAAUUGAUGUUGUCCCUGAGACACAGACACAAGAAUCUCCUGUUGAGGAGGAGGCUUCUGAGACAGCUGUCUCAAAGAAGCAGAAGAAGAAAAAUAAAAAGAAAAACAAAAAACAAGAGGAGGAAGCUGCAGCACCUGAGCCUGAGACAUCUAUUACAGAUGACAAGGAGCAGCCUGAAGCUGCGCCUUUGGUUGAGGCCGAGCCUCAGGUGGAGUUAAAGGAAACCACUGAGGCUGAGCCUAUUGCGGAGGUCGGAGCAGUGCCAGUCCCAGACGAGCCACCAGCAAAUCACCCACAGCAUAUUGAAGAGAAUGAUGACGCUAAGGAGAUUAGUGCCGCAGAAGUUGAGACCGAAUCAGUGUCAGUUCCAGUAGAGCAACCGGCAGACCACCCACAGGUCAUCGAAGAGACUGCGGCUGUCCAGACAACCGAGGAGAUUGACCACACCAAGGAUAUCAGUAUCCCAGAAGCCGAGGUUGUUGCUCCUACCGAAGAGACCACGCAGCCAGAGGCCCCUGCCGAUGCAGCCGCCACCGAGGCCGCGGAAGAGGCAUCAAUGACCCCUGCGCAGAAGCGGAAGGCCAAGAAGGACAAGAAGAAGCAACGCCAAUCGAUUCUUGCUCAAGAACCCGAAGCUGAGCCCCGGCCUAAGGAGCAGCUAGCCCCCGAGGCGGCGGAAGCAUCUGUUCAAGAGGCCGAGAUUUCAACGGAGUCAGUUUCUGCCGAAAUUAUCACGCAAGAUGAAGCUGUUGCUAGCACAGAGGCAUCUACAGUACAGCCUCUCGAUGCCACUGAGGAGGCUGCCAAGGAUCUUGUAACGCCUUCCGAAGACACUGAACAGCAUGUUCCAAUACAAGAAAUCGAAAGUGGAGAGCGUUCCCUUGAACUUCCGUUUACUGAAUCGAAAAUCGAGGAGGGAGACAAGCCGGCUGAGGAAGCUGCCGAAACCCCGGCCGCAAUUUCAGAUGCCGAGCAACCUAGCGAACAAGCGUCGCCUGAAGUCUCCACUAAGCCCGAAGGCGAAUCUAUGAGUGUCCCCAAGAAGAUGAGCAAGAAAGAGAAGAAGAAGGCUGCAGCAGCAGCUGCUGCUGCCGCCCUUCUCGAGGAAGAAAAGCCCGUCGAGUCACAACCUGAACCCGAAGAGCCCUCGAUUAUCAUUCCUCAAGCUCUAGAGGAAGUGGUAGAGCAGCCUAUCGUUCAAGAGCCACAGCCUUCAGAGACUGAGGACAAGUCUCAGCCCGAGGCCGAAAAGAGCCAAGACGAAAUACCAGAAUUGGCAACUUCUGAGCCCAAAGAAAAUGUCCUGGAGCAGCCUGUUGAGGCUCUCAAGUCUACGGAACCUCUCGAAUUUGAGGACAAACCGGAGGAGUAUACAAAAGAACCAGCCGAGGAGCCAGCCGCGGCCGAUACUGUGACUCGGAAAGCGUCAAAGAAAGACAAGAAAAAGGCCAAGAAGCAAGCAAAGCAAGAAGUAAUUGAGCCGGCUUUCCCUCUAACUGAUGAGCAUGUCCCCACCACCGAGCCUGCACCUACAGAGAUUCCUGUACCGGAGGCGACUUUUGAUGAGAUCCCAACGGAGCUUGUUCCCCUUACUGAGCCUGCGAUUACGGGUGCUGCUAUUGAACGGGAGGCUCUUGAGGAGACCCCGACUGAGACUAUUCUCGAGUCUGAGUCCAUUGGCCCCUCAGAAAUCCAGGAGGUUCCUAAGCCCGAUGCUUUCAGCAUCGAAACUCCGGCACUUGAGGAAAUUGGCAUAGUAUCGGAAGACAAGCAACCUUCAGAAGGCGAGACAAAUGAAGCAGUCGUCUCUCACGACACACUCGAUACACCCUCACCUGUGGGGCCCACUGACCCAGAUACCAACAAUGAGCCCGUUGACCUCGAGGGUUCUGCUGAGAAGAACGACCAGGAAGAUGAAGCCCACGUUGGGGCCGAUGCACGGGAUCUCGAGAAGACAGCUGAUCUCGAGGUCGUCGAUAGCCUUGUUGAGGAGCGACCUGGAGAACCUGAAGUGAUGCCAGCUCUGUCCAAGAAGAUGUCAAAAAAGGACAAGCGCAAAGCCAAAAAGAAUGCCAGCAUUACCGAAGAAGUCUCGACUCAACAACAAGACGAGCCUCAGGCUGAUGUGGCUGAGUUGCCCACGGAAUCUGCGAUCCAGCCGACAGAGCCUGCUGUGGAGCAAGAGAUUCCCAAGGGAACUGACCAUGUUGCAGAGGCUCAGCCUACGACGGAGCGAGAUCUGUCAAUGGAGACUCUCCUUACAAUCGAAGAUCAGCCUAUACCCAACCUAGAAGUUCAGGUUGAGCCUACGCGACCCGAUGAAGAGCCCGUCAGUGAGGAAACUCCUCUUUCACGCAAGGCCUCGAAGAAGAAGUCUAAGAAGGCUCAAAAGGCUAACAAAUCCUUGGAUACUGAGCCAGCGGCUGAAAACGCGAUCGAUGCGGAUCAGCAUGCUACCAUUGGGGCUUUCGAAGAGGACCAAUCUAAGGCACAGGACCCAGAAGUGCCAGACGAAAAGUCGUCCUAUGACGAAGAAGCCUGGCCGGCAAUUGACUGGCAGGCUAAGUUUGAAGAGUCCCAGCGUUUAAGGGAAACGAAUUCUGACCCUGAGCCGGACAUUCCACCUCCUGAGCCGGAGAUUAUUGGAGAAUUUGUUGAUUCUUCAUUCCCCGAAAUUUCGCAAGAUACAAACGAAGCUGCAGAAGAAGAUGCUUGGGCUUUGCCAGCGAGCAGAAAAGACCAGAAGAAGGCCAAGAAGAACAAGAAGCAGUCACAGCAAGCUGCUCCGGAAGUCGAGGAGCCUUUACUGGAACCCUCAAAUGACAAAGAGAUCGAGCCGCCUGCUCGAACAACUACUCCCGGUGGAUCUAAGAUUGCCAACUUAUUUCCCGGCCUCGAGCGUUCCGGAUUUCGGCGAUCAGCUUUGGACCAGCGAACACCGUCGCUAAAAGAUAGUGCUGAGGAAGAGACAACAGCGGACUUGGAAGCGAAUCGCGAUAUCGCGAUCCCUGUCUCGGAAGCACCCCUAGCGACCACUGAAACCAAAGAAAUUGCCGAUGAUUUCACUUCGGAGCUGCCUAGCAGUCUCGAAAGACAAAUUGAAUCUGCGAUCUCGGAGCUGAAAGCUCACUCCGACACUCCUACUGCUACGGAGGAUGAAUCAAUCAGAGAGCCAGAACUUCCGACGUGUGGGGAAAAGUCCCUGGAUGCGCCCUUGUCAUCGUCAAGGGAGCCCUCUAAUGAGCGAACUGAUGCCGAGGAACCUUCUUCUCCUACGCGCUUUCCACCCCCGGCGGAAGCUGGAGAGGAACUGUGUGGACUACGCCGAUCACCAUCAAUCCAUGGUCGGCGCCAGCACACACCCAGGACAUGGAACUUGGAAGAACCAUCUCUACAAGCUCUUCGUGCCCCAUCCCCUCCUCGAUCGCUCUUCGGACCGACCGACGAUUAUGUGCGACCCCGAACUCCGCUUGAUACAAUCGCGGAACAAGAACCACGGGAUGCCCAUGGAGUGACCAUGGCUCGUCGCGGGACGCCCCGCUUGGAGAUGAAGCCCGAACAUGUCUUACCUCGACCUCAGACACCCGUCCGGAAAUUCACAGACAAUGCCUUUGAUCGAGAAGCUUGGCCUACAGAGAACCAGAAAGAGGGGCUUGAACCCGAAGUUUCAAAAACACCCGAGCAAGGGAUUCUGAAGCCCAGCACCAGCAGUGGAAAAUUACGUCGUACAAAUCGCAGUAUUAGCGGCGAUCUGCGGGCGGCUAGUCGAGCGCUAGACUCCCAGCCUUCGAAUCUCGAUCUCGAUCAGCUCCCAUCUUCCUCCUCUUACGACCCCGUCACCGACAAGGGCAAGCGUCCGCUGCGGAAUAUGUCGGAUGUCUAUGAGGGAUGGGGUGAGACGCCCAACUCCCCACGGUCGCCCAGCCGACCGCCUAGUGUCCGCCGCCGUCGCAGCAUGCAACAUUUGCAAGAGAUCGAAACCCGCCUCGACCAGCUCAUCUCUGAAAACCGUCUACUUAUCGCCGCCCGUGAUGAAGCUGAAGAUAAGCUUCGGAAUACCAGCGUCGCUCGUCGAAAGAGCGACCGUGCUCUCAACACCCGCGACGGCGAUCUACGCGAUCGGGAAUCGGAGGUGGAACAAUUGAAGAACUCGGUGGAAUGGCUGCAGAAGGAGAUGAAUCGUGUGACUCAAGAGAAUGAGGGGCUAGCCGCAUCCAACUCUGCUCUCGCCGCCGCCCACGCAGCCGAGGUCACCAAUGUACGCGAGUCGUCCACACGCGAACUUGCCGAAUUACAAUCGCGACACACUCAACUCUCGUCCCAAAUGGAGGAUCGAGUUCGACAAGAGAUUGAGUCGGCUCUUGCACAAAAGGACAUUGAAUUGCGCCGUCUGCGCACCGAACUUGAGGAGGCUCGCGAUAAGGUCAAGGAGCUCCAACAACAAAUCGCAGCCUCGGUACAUGACAAUGCCCUUGUCUUCCGUGGUGAAGAAUACUUCGAGGCUGCCUGCCAGAAGCUGUGUGGCCAUGUCCAAUCCUGGGUUGUGCGCUUCUCCAAGCACAAUGACAAGCGUCGCUGCCGCCCACUCAGUGAGUUGCAGGACGAAAAGAUCGCUGACCGUUUCGACAAUGCCCUCCUCGACGGCUCCGAUCCCGAUGCCUAUCUAUCUGAUCGUGUCCGCCGCCGCGAUGUAUUCAUGUCGGUGGUCAUGACGAUGGUCUGGGAAUACAUCUUCACGCGUUAUCUCUUCGGUAUGGACCGGGAGCAACGUCAAAAACUCAAGUCUCUUGAGAAACAAUUGGGCGAGGUUGGCCCAACCCGUGCUGUGCAUCGCUGGCGAGCCACCACUCUUACACUGCUGUCCCGGCGACCAGCCUUUGCUGCGCAACGUGAGAGCGAUACGGAGGCCGUCACUCUGGAGAUCUUCCAAACCCUAUCGCAGGUCCUCCCUCCUCCGUCUCAUGUUGAAUCUCAGCUCCUGGAUAACCUCCGCAAAAUCAUGCGGGUAGCAGUCAGCCUGUCGUUGGAGAUGCGUACCCAGCUGGCUGAAUUCAUCAUGUUGCCGCCUCUGCAGCCUGAAUAUGACACCAAUGGCGACCUUGCACGCCAAGUGUACUUCAACGCAGCCCUAAUGAAUGAGCGCAGUGGUCUGACAAAUGACAAUAGCGAGCUCGAAGCUCAACAGUCCAUUGUGCGCAUUGUGCUCUUCCCUCUCGUUGUCAAAAAGGGCAAUGAUGUGGGCGAGGGUGAGGACGAGGAAGUCGUCUGUCCCGCCCAGGUCCUCAUCGCCCGCCCCAGCAAAGACAAGAAAGUAUCAAGGAUGAUGAGCGGCGAUCGCAUGUCCAUCGAUGCUUCCAGGUCAGUCCACAGCAUUACUCAAAGUAUUGCCCACAGUGUGGCACCGUCAUCUAUGAUGGACAUGAGCAAUGUGAUCUGA